AUGUCGCUUCAAUUCUAUUCAACUAUAGAAGCUUAUUACGCUGUUCGUAAAGGACGUGAGUCUGGGAUUUACACCUCUUGGGAGAAAUGUCAGGAGCAGGUGAACGGUUGCUCUGGUGCCUUGUUUAAGAAAUUCUACACAAGGCAGCAAGCAGAGAACUAUAUAAAGAUCGACAAUUUUGAUGAUGAUGUGCUAAACAUUUGGACGGAUAAAUAUCCAAAGAUAAACGUGGAUCUUGUCUUGAGAAUGAACGAUCUUAUUAAAAAUAGAGAAAGAAAAACAUAUUUCAAGCAUGUUAAAGCGCAUAGUGGUGUGUAUGGAAAUGAGCAAGCAGAUAGGUUAGUAUUCUUAGAUUCACAGAAGGAAUUUUGGGAAUUAAAUCUCGAACCGGUUAAGGGAAAGAUAUAUUUUUAUUUUAAAAAAGAGAAGAAGAACGAUUCUGAUAAUGCGAUGGACAGCUAUCUUUUGGAAUUUGUAUGUAUACUAAAUCUUUUGGAACAAGAUGUUAAUAAGGAAAAAUUAGUUAUUCAGACGCAAAAUAAGAAUAUUUAUCUGAUAUUAGAAGAGAAUCAAAUCGAAAAGUGGUUAAAGAACGACUGGUGUAAUACAAAUAAAUAA